AUGGCCGACAACAACUCCCCAGAUUACAAGUCUCUCUUUCUGCAGGCGGAAAAGAGACUCAAAGAGGCCGAAGAUGAAGGAAGACGAGAGAAAAGGAGGCGGGAGCAAGCUGAAGAGCGCAUCCGCCCGACCACUUUCGUGGAAUUCAUGGGCCAUUCCCACAAUCUGCUCUCCCGACCGUUGAGAGUGGAGAGACCAUCUCGUUCGACUACUGGGAAAAUACCCCUUCCCACCGGGAAAUAUUGCCCGACACGAUUGGAACACUGGACCAACUGCCAAGCGCAACAGUCGGAGCUUUACAGGUCCGUCUACAGCUACCUCCAGUUGACACCAGGAGGGGCGCCGCGUUUGUUUUCAUCUUUGCAUGAGCUAGAAGGGUUAGGCCGACGACUUGGUCGCAAGCCCAUAAGCAGCGAGCAAGAACUUGAGGCUUAUGAGCGGUUCGCCGUGGAAGAGCACAUCGGCGAUAUAAUAACGGAGUUGUGCAAGAUACCCGCUGCUCGUGAAGAGUUCGGCCUCGGCGACGGCAUCCAGUUCAGCAAUCAUACAAAUUCCUUAAACGAUAACGAUGCCAUCGAAGCAGAUACAAGUCAAGCAUCAAGUGUACACCACCCAAGACCUGACCAAUUCUGCAUCCAUCGUGUUGACGGCCGCACUACCACUCUCCUCACGACCGUCGAGUAUAAGCCACCUCACAAGCUUCCCGUCGCAACCCUUCGGACGGGGCUUCGACCAAUAGACUUGUGGAAGGAUAUGGUCAAAUCGAAUAAAAUACCCACGAGCAAGGAAGCGAAGUUGAGGUACAAUGCAGAGCGCCUCGUCUGCUCCGCUAUUGUCCAAGAGUAUCAUGUGAUGAUCCAGGAAGGGCUCGAGUUCUCCUACGUGACCAACGGGAUUGCCCGGGUCCUCCUCCGUGUUCCACAUGAUGAUCCUAGCACGCUUUAUUACUUCCUGUGUGAUCCUAACAGCGAGGUGAAUACAGAAGUUGAAGAUAGUUUCCAACAACCGAACACUUCUAUUGCAAGAACACUCUGUCUGUGUUUGAUGGCCUUUCGCUCACCUGCGCGUGGCCAAGAAUGGCGAAAUUCCGCACGACCAGAGCUUCCUCUUUGGACGACCAGUUUUGACCACACUCGUUCCCAGAUUCCCAAAGCAGAACUACCGCAGACUCUUCCCCACUCCGAUAGCACAACCUUAGAGUACACGAGUCCAGAUUCCGGUUCAUCUUAUGAACCGCCGUCAUCUCCACCGGAUUCUCUAAAGGCAGCGGCUCGCCAAGUGCCUACAAGAUCUCAGGCCAGCUGUACACCCUCGGCUAUACAGUAUCGCUCGCAGUCGCCAGACUCAUCAGGCUCCGAUUCGAACCAAGCAACUAGCCGUAAACGGGGCUUCAGCCAAGUUACAUCCUCCCCAUCUGCCCAACGAGCAGGUCGUCAACGGGACGCGGGAAAUAAUCAAGGCAACCAGGCCCGAUAUCGCGAUGCGCAAUUUUGCACCGAACGAUGUUUACUCGGUUUGCAGUCUGGCGGUGUGUUAGAUGACUGCUGUCCAAAUGUGAUGCUCCAUCGUCGAAGCAAAGACAAUCCCCAACAUCCGAUUACCUCAAAAGAUUUGAUUCAUUUACUUAACGCGCAACUAGACGAAAACAUUGACCGAUGCACACCUCUUGGCGGUUGCGGGGCAUAUGGUGCACCGUUCAAACUUACUUGUGUUGAAUAUGGCUACACUGUUGUUGGAAAAGGAACCACAUCGGGGCUGUGGAAAGAAGUCUCCCGCGAAGCGCAGGUAUACCAAAUUCUGCGGAAGGCCCAAGGGUCUGCUGUGCCUGUUUUCCUGGGCACGAUCGACUUGGCGAAAAUCUAUUUCCUUCAUGGAGCUGGAGAGAUUCGUCAUAUGCUCGUGAUGGGCUGGGGGGGAGAAAAUACAGCAUCGAUGGAGCUGACGCCGUGGCUCCACCAGGAAAUUCGCAGAUCAAAUAAAGAAAUCAAAGCCUUGGGAAUAAUUCACGAAGAUUUGCGGCGUGACAAUGUUCUUUGGAAUAAAGAGCUUGGACGGGCGUUGAUUAUCGACUUUCACCGCUUUUCAUUGAUAUGCCGGCCAACUUCAAAGCGAUCACGAACAGCGAAGAGACAACUAUGUCAGACAGAGUCGGGAGAUGUAAAACGUUUACGCGUUUAG